CUCAUUUUUCGCGACGGCCCAUCCGAUUCUGAUCCAACGGACCACUCAUCGGGGGGCACUCCGAUGAGGAGCUCUCUGCCAGCGCUCGUCUCUUCGCCGGCGGCGGUGCUGCCGCCACUGCGGCGGCCUCACCGCCGCUGCCGAUUCUUCCUCAGGCCCACGUGCGCUUCGAGGUCCUGCGACGUAGCCCGUGGCUGCAGUGAGCGCUACCAGCCGCGCCUCGUGGCGGCGCAGUCGCCUCCUCCGCUCGCCGCCGGCGCCGUCCGGAGGGACGCCGAAACGGGGCUCGCCUUACUCCUCUUCCUUCUCUCUGUGGUGAUGAGCUUCUUUCUGUUACUAGCCAUCUUAUCAUUUUCAGCAUGCAGGGCUUUUCAGAGGUUGGAAACUACAGUGAAUGAAUUAUCAAAAGUAGUUGCAGAAGGGGUACCUGGAACUCUAUCUGCACUAAAGCUGUCCUUCUUGGAGAUCAAUGAUUUAACUAGCCAGCUAAAGAACCUUAGGAAGAGACUCACAUUAAGUACAUUUGGGAAGGAGAGUAGUAUUAAAGCAAGUUCUUGGACUGGAUGGCCAAAACAGCAAGACACAUGAAAUUAAUCUGCAAGUGAAAUCGGUUAAGGUGGCAUGCUAAAGGCACGCGAGUGACCACUAUCGGAUUAUCCCUAAGCAACCCAAGUGAAGAUACUGUAAGUGCGAAGGAGCAUGAUCAGUGAACUAUGUGACUGCAAUCACAAUGUCCACUUCCUUCUCCAUUUUCAUUGUGUUAGUUGUGUUCCCUUGCGCAAGGUUGCUGUUACAUAGUUAAAAUGCUGUCUAGAUGGUGUAGUUAUUGACAGCCAACUGCAUGUAGCUCAUGUAACAGACAAGACACCAAAAAUACAGUUAUGGGCAGCCAUCUACAUCUAACCCAUGUAACGGGUAAGAAACCAAGAUGCAUUGCGAGAUUC